UUUCCGGUAAGAAGAAAAGUCCCACUCUGCAGCAGACAAUAAUCAAUAUAUGAAGUAAGAAUUUAAACGAGAAAAUGUUUUUAUACAAUACAAAGCCUUGAUAUUGCUUUAUAACACACACACAGAGAGAGAGAGAGACAGACAGACAGAGAGAGAGAGAGAGAGAGAGCAGCAACGGUAAGCGUGAGGGAGUUUGUGCGGAGAUGGUUACUUUCAAAGAUAGACAAAAAUGUUUUCAAAACAAGAUGGGCUUGAUACAGUCACCCUAGCAAUCGACGUGAAAUCGAAAAAGGAUAUUAAAGCUUGUGUGAAUGUUGCAGAGAAGAACGCGCCUUUUGGAAGAGUAGAAAGUGCAUAAUCUUAUAAUAAAUAAAGCUACUUGUACAAGAAAGGGAUCAUUACAGAAAUCUUGCGAAAUCAAAUUCUCAUACAACACAUAUGUUAAUAAUAAACGUUCCAGAAGGACAAUUUAACUUGAAUGCUUAAUAUCAGUCUAAAUAUCGUGAGGCAAAAUUGUCACUUGAGCAUUUUAUUUUGUCGCCCGCGUCUGCACGCGCACAUGCCCUGUUUCGUAGACGCUGCCUUGUUUUCCCAGCGUUACUGUGGCACGCGGGAAAGCCUCGCCCACGCUGGGAACUUUGGGAUCUCUGGAGAAACGAAAGUAAAACGCUGACUUUCUCUGCUCAGUCUGUUUAACCUUGAUGUUCAUUGUAACAUGGCCGAAGCGCUUCUAACAGUUAAGGACCUCGUCAGCUGCCCAGUUUGUCUGGAUUUGCUGAAGGAUCCGGUGACUGUUCCCUGUGGACACAGUUUCUGUCGGAGCUGUAUUAAUGACUGCUGGGAUCAGGAAGAUCAGAAGGGAUCCUACAGCUGCCCUCAAUGCAGACACACCUUCACUCCAAGACCGGAUCUCAACAAGAACACCAUGCUGGCUGAAGUGGCUGACACACUGAAGAAGACAAAACUCCAAGAUGCUCCUCCUGUUGACUCCUGUGUUGGACCUGGAGAUGUGGAGUGUGACGUCUGCACUGGAAGAAAACACAAAGCCGUCAAGUCCUGUCUGGUGUGUCUGCUGUCUUUUUGUGAAGCUCAUGUUCAGACUCACUUCAAAUGUCCUGCCUACAAGAAACACAAACUGGUUGAGGCCUCUGUGAAUCUCCAGGAGAAGAUCUGUCCUCAUCAUGACAAGCUCCUGGAGAUUUUUUGCCGCACUGAUCAGAAAUGUAUCUGUUACUUGUGUGUGAUGGAUGAGCACAGCAGUCACAAGACAGUCUCAGCGGCAGCAGAACGAACUGAGAAGCAGAAGCAGUUAGUAGAAACCCAGGGGGAGAACCAGCAGAGAGUCCAGCUCGGGGAAACAAAACUACAUGAGCUGAAGCAGGCGAUGGAGUCUCUCAGGCGCUCUGCGCAGGUAGCAGUGGAGGACAGUGAGAAGCUGUUUACUGACCUGAUUCAGUCUAUUGAGCAAAGACGCUCUGAGGUGAAAGAGCUGAUCAGAGCUCAGGAAAAGGCAGAACUGAAUCACAUUGAAGAACUCGUGAGUAAAGUGGAGCAGGAGAUCGCUGAUCUGAGAAGGAGAGAUGCUGAGCUGGAGCAGCUUUCACACGUAGAUGAUCAUAUCCACUUCCUCCAGUGUUUUCUUUCUCUCUUUGCGCCUCCGGGAUCUGCAGACUUGCGCUGUACCAUGAUUAGACCACAUGUUUCCAUAGAAGAACUGAGAAACCUUCUCUCUGGGCUGAAGGAACAAGUGGAAAAACUCAACAAGCCAGAACUAAUCAAAUUAGGAGGUGAUACAACAUCGUUUGGAUUUGGGUUGGCAUGUGGAAUUUCAUUUGCAGACAUGGCAAAUAAUUUUGGAGAAUUUACCUUUCAAAAAAAGGUGACAUCCCACAGUGAGGAAGAGGAGGAAGAAGGCAGCGGGGAAAUCGAUCCUAACAAUGCCGACCUUUACAAUAAGCCUGCUGUUGUUCUGCCUCAGGCUGAGGUGAAAUCUGGAGAGGAGGACGAAGAGAUUCUUUACAAAGAGAGGGUAAAGCUUUACAGAUGGGACCGUAAUUGUUUAGAGUGGAAAGAGCGAGGUGUUGGUGACAUCAAAAUCCUCUUCCACCCAUUAAAAAAGACCUACCGUGUGCUUAUGCGACGCGAGAAGGUUUUGAACGUGUGUGCCAACCACAUCAUUACUAAGACCAUGGAACUGAAACCCAUGACGACUAAUUACAACGCGCUGGUUUGGACAGCUAACAACUAUGCAGAUGGGGAUACUAAGAUGGAGCAGUUUGCUGGCAAAUUCAAAAGUGCAGAACUUGCUGACUCUUUCAGGAAAACGUUUACAGAAUGUCAGAGUCGUAUGGCUCAGGUAGACUUCUCCCAGUCUGACAGAAUCACAGAACUUUCUAAACCAGGCAAUCCGUUGGUAUUUUUCACUGUCGCUGCUGAUGGGGAGGUUAUCGGCAAGAUCACCAUGGAACUUUUCAGACACGUUGUCCCCAAAACCGUAGAAAAUUUCAGAGCUUUGUGCACUGGAGAGAAAGGCUUUGGCUACCGUAAUUCAGUUUUCCACAAGAUAAUUCCUGACCUUAUGUGUCAGGGUGGUGAUAUUACCAACCAGGAUGGCACCGGUGGAAAGUCCAUCUAUGGAGACAACUUUGCGGAUGAGAACUUUGAGGUAAAGCACACUGGAGAAGGCAUCCUGUCCAUGGUCAGUUGCGGCAGAGACACAUACAACUCCCAGUUUCUCAUCACCAUGAAGAAAUCUGAACAUUUAGACUUCAAGCAUGUUGUUUUUGGUUUUGUGAAAAAUGGAAUGGAUGUUGUAAGACAAAUGGGAGAACUGGGUUCUAAAAGUGGCAGGCCAAGUAAAAUGAUAACAGUUAUAGAUUGUGGACAGUUGUAAUUAUUUUCUUCAAUUAGGGUUUUACCUGCUCUCUCUAACUGUUUAUAUAUGUAUAUAAACUUUAAAAAUAUAAUACAUUUGCUGUGAAGUGUAAAAGUUUUUUUUUUUUAUUCAAGUGUAAUAGCAUUGAUGAAAAAUUUGCUUGGGAGUGCUACCUUGUUACGUUAUUAUUGGAAUGAUAAGAAUUAUACUAACUUGUUUCAGAGUUCUUUGACACAUUGUAACAUCAUUAAAUUGCUGUUGUAAGGA